AUUUCACUUCUGAAAAUGUCGACUAUGCGUACGGUAAUUGGCCUCGCACUUGCCCUGGUCUUUAGUUUUUCAUUGGCACAUGUUGCCGAAUGGAAAAAUGCCAAAGAUCUGCCAAUAUUGGUGAAAACCAUGAAGGAACUUCAUCGUGGACCACCCAAGCAGACAGUUCUUAAGCGUGCCAAUGUGGAGGAAAAAUGGAUAGCCCAGAAAUUGGAUCAUUUUGAUGAGAGUAAUACGCAAACCUAUCAAAUGCGCUAUUUGGUCAACGAUGAAUUCCAAGAGGAGGGCAGCCCCAUUUUCAUCUAUUUGGGUGGUGAAUGGGCAAUCGAGGACAGCAUGGUCAGUGCUGGUCAUUGGUAUGACAUGGCUCAGGAGCACAAGGGUGUCCUGAUAUAUACAGAACAUCGUUAUUAUGGUGAAAGUAUUCCCACAACCACCAUGUCCACGGAACAUUUGCAAUAUUUGCAUGUGAAGCAAGCCCUGGCUGAUGUGGCACAUUUUAUUGAGACCUACAAAUCGGAGAAUUCCCAAUUGACCAAUUCAAAAGUUUUGCUAGCUGGUGGCUCAUAUUCAGCGACUAUGGUCGUGUGGUUCAAGCGUCUCUAUCCCGAUUUGGUCGAAGGUGGUUGGGCCUCGAGUGCUCCUUUGUUGGCUAAGGUUGAUUUCACCGAAUACAAAGAGGUUGUGGGCCGUGCUUUCCUUCAAUUAGGUGGCCAGCAGUGCUAUAAUCGCAUCAACAAUGGCAUUGCCGAAUUGGAAUCAAUGUUCGAAAACAAUCGAGCUGCGGAAGCAAGAGCCAUGCUACGUUUGUGCAGUUCGUUUGACGACAAAAACGAUCUGGAUUUGUGGACAUUGUUUGGUAGUAUUUCGAAUAUCUUCUCUGGUGUGGCACAAUAUCAAAGAUAUGGCGAGAUUGAAUACUAUUGCGAUUUCUUGCUUAGUUUCGAUGACGAUGCCACAGCCAUUGCAAACUUUGCCUACUGGGCAUGGGGUUACCCUUCAUGCAUCGAUGCCCGUUACUCUGGCACUGUGGAGUAUUAUCUAUGGUCCAUUGAGAACUUUAGUGCCUCUCGUCCCUGGUACUAUCAGACUUGCAAUGAAUACGGUUGGUAUCAAUCGUCUGGAUCAAACAAUCAACCAUUUGGCAACAAAUUCCCCGCCCUUCUUUAUACAACUCUCUGUGCUGAUGUCUUUGGCACACAGUUUACUAAUGAAAAUAUUGGAUUAAGUGUCAGUCAGACGAAUAUUGAUUUUGGUGGUAUGGCGCCCGAAGUAGAGAAUAUCUAUAUGACACACGGUGGUCUGGAUCCCUGGAAUCCCAUGGGUCACGGUGUCACCGAGGGUGCCACUGUCAUAACAAAUGCAUCCCACUGUGCUGACUUUGGUUCUAUUGAUGCGGGUGAUACAGCUGAAAUGCGCGCGUCUAAGGAACGAUUGGCUGAGCUGGUGCGCGAAUGGUUGGCCUAAAUUUAUGGGUCUAGAUAAGUUCUUGAUAACAAACAAGAAAAAAAUAUAUAACAAGAAUUUACUAAUA